GAAAGAGAGAGAAAGGACAUUUUAGAUAACAGGAAGCAUUACGUGCAAAGCCAAAUAAAUAGGAAGUUGCUAGUUCCAGGUUCUGCCAUUGACUGACUUUAUUUACCUUUAUGGAAUUUCCCCAAGUCCCUCCAGCUUCCAGUUUUCUCAUAUUAGAAAAUGAAGUUUGGGGGGGGGGGAAGAGGCAACAUAGAUUUUCUGUAAGGGGCUUUCUAACUGGUACCUCCCCACUGAAGCAGAGAGAAAAGGGUAGCGUUGGAAACAUCACGUGCUAUUUUUAGGGUAUGAGCCAGAGGCCCCAUCUUUUGUGACAAAAGAUGAUCGUCUGCAGUCGUCUGGAAAGUUUUGCGUAAUUCACCCACUUCACCAGUAUUUAUGGCAGUGACUGAGCCAGGCUGUAUGCUAGUAAGGAGGCCACCAUCCAGCAGAGGGAGACGUGUAAUAAGUACACGAAUACCAUGGAAACCAUAUUGGUCGGCUCAUGGCGGGUGCGUGGAAGCAGUAAAAUAGAAGAACCUAGGGCAUGUCCCUGUGCAGGGUGACAGGAUUUAGCUCCUACCAAAAAAGAACUUCCUGCUUCCUCAUCCUGUUUCACCUUCUCCAACAGGCCGCUAGCAUUUUCCACCACCACAAGUUCUCCCUGGGCAGGGCGACCAGGCGUCCUCUCUUCACCUGCAACCUUUUCCAGGCCUGUGUAAGGGGCUCCAUGCACGCAGAGUGGAUGCAGGUCCCAAGACUGACCGGAGGGUCACACCCAAGCACCCACUGCAGGGGCCCCAGCAGCGGCGGGCAGGGGUGACUUGGAAGGCGGGCUGUCCCCUGGCUCCAGGGGUUGGGCUCUAGGCCGGCUGGGCGGGACUCAGGCUGCCAGUAUAAGACAGGAGCGCCACUGUCCUGGCCAGAGUGCUGAAGCUGGCGCCCCAGCCAGGACCGCGAGGCAGCCGGCCCUGAACUUGCAACUCUCGACCCACAGUGACUGAAGAAGAAGGAAAGGAGGGCCUCCUGCCACCACUCUCAGCCUCAGCCUCGGAGGAUGCGGCUCCUCGGGAGACUCCGCGCCUCCACUCCGGAGCCCGCUUUCUCCAACGUGCUCACUCCGGACCGCAUCCCCGAGUUCUGCAUCCCGCCGCGGCUGCCCGCGUCCUGCGCGCCCGAGUCUCCGCCUCCGGCCGCCGCUCUGCCCCGGCGCUGCGCAGCCGAGCCGGACCUGUGGCCCAGAGGAGCCGACGACAGCGCGGGGCACACGGACUGGGACCCGCGCUCGCAGGCAGCCCUAUCGCUGCCGCACCUGCCCCGCGCGCUCACCACCUACGGCUUCUGCGCGCUGCUCGAGAGCCCGCACACCCGCCGCAAGGAGUCGCUCUUCCUCGGGGGCCCUGCAGCCGCCCCGCUCGUGCCCCGGGACUCGGCUCCGGCCUCCGCCCCCGCGCUCCCCGCGGGCCUCCGCCCCACCCCGGACGCGCCCGCCCCGCCGCCCCGCUCCCGCCGCCUCCUGCGCGCCUCCGAACGGCUACUGACCCGCGCGCUGCGGGCCCGGACGAGCCGA